CCCCCCCCCCCCCCCCCUUGCAGAUCUACUAUAUCUUGAAAUUAAACAUAAAAGCAAACGAAUGAGUUUCCAAAGUCCUCGUUGCAAUCCCGGCGUUUUCCUAUCCUACUGCCGGAAAUGAUACCGGAAUGUCAUGGCCCGGUUUGGGCGAUCGACGACCUGUCUCGUUGCUUCCAACGAAAUUAUCUACAAGUUAUCUUUCCACUUACAGCAUGCGGCGUCUCUCUAUUGUUCAUCCUCCUUCGUAUUGCCUAUCGUUAUGCGGUUUCCCGGAAGGGUGCUUCCUACAAAAUCCUAAACGAUGAUCCCGCCGCAGCCGACACUCGAGAUGCUGGGUGCGUGGAAGAAGAGCAGGGCGAGGAAACCGACCCUAUGUUAUCCAAGGCGGCACAGGCCGAACAACUGGAGUUUGAAGUCGAUCGUCCUCGAGGCGAAAUUCUUGUCAUUGCCCUGGAGUUAGCGGCGUUGGUGGGAGAAGUGGCGGUAUUUAUUGCCAUUCUGUUAACCGAUGGCUGGGGCCACCAGGGUAAACUCCCUGCCGUGGCGAAGUUGAUCUCCUGGAGCUACAUCCUGUUCCUCGCGUCCGUGCGACUGCUUCUUUCGACUCUUGAGCUGCAUUCCUUCCCCAGACUAUGGAACCACACCGCUACAUUGUAUGGCCUGCAAUGGCUGUUCGCCGUGUUUGUCUUCCGCUCCGCGGUCAUUCACCCGAUUUCGGGACGUGCCGUGACUUUGAGCGCGAUCGAGUUCUCGCUGUCUACCUUCCUCCUGCUUCUUGCUAUGACCACUCGUAGAGGAAAUAAGGCGGUCUUGGUUCCGCAUGAGGACGGCCUCGAACCGGCAAGACAUCCGACUGCAAGCUUGCUAUCCCUUCUAACUUUCAGCUGGCUUGAUCCUCUCAUCUUCAAAGCCUGUAGACAGACUCUGGAGCUUGAGGAUGUUUGGAAUUUGACGGGCCCACAGAAGGCCGCCACUGUGCUUGAGGACUUCCGUCGGAGACAGUACAAGGGUUCCUUGACUUGGAAGCUCCUGCGCUACUUCAAGGGCACGCUUCUGGUGCAAGGCGCAUGGGCCGUGUUUGCGAACUGUUUUACCUACCUGCCCACCAUUCUUCUGAGGGCAAUCUUGCAGUACGUCGAGGAUCCCCGGUCCACCACGCCGAACGCCGCCUGGUUGUACGCUUUCUUGUUGUUUUGCUCCGGCGCGAUUCAAGGUGUUGCCGACGGACAAGGCCUCUUUAUCGGGCGCAAACUGAGUGUGAAACUCCGCGCUAUCAUUAUCGGCGAGAUUUAUGCCAAGGCGCUCAGACGUAAAGCCAGCGCCUCGACUGAUUCUUCGAAGAAGAAGACGGCAGAUGAACCUCCGGCUGAUAACAAAAAGAAGAGCAUCUUUUCCUUCGGUCGCAAGAAAAAGAAGGCAGCCAACGACCCCGAAACGGAUCCCGAGGAUGCGAAGAAGCCAGAAGCAGAAGACGACACUCAUCUGGCCAAUAUUGGUACAAUCAUCAACCUGAUGGCAAUCGAUUCCUUCAAAGUCAGCGAAGUCGGUGCUUACCUCCAUUUCCUGUGGGCUAGCGUGCCAGUGCAGGUUAUCAUCGCCGUAACCCUCUUGUAUCGACUGCUUGGAUUCAGCUCGUUCGCUGGUAUCGUCAUUAUGGUUCUCAUGCUACCCGUCAACAUCUUCAUCGCCAAACAAUUCACCAAGGUCCAGAACCAAAUUCUGGCCGGUACCGAUGCUCGCAUUCACGCCACCAACGAGAUUCUCCAGAAUAUCCGGAUCAUCAAGUAUUUCGCUUGGGAGCAGCGGUUCGAAGACAUUGUGAACGAAAAGCGAAAGGCGGAACUCAAAGCCUUGCGCUUCCGUUACAUUAUCUGGUCAACGGCGGCAACGGUCUGGUAUGGGACGCCGAUUCUUAUUACCUUCGCCUCGUUCUUCCUUUACACCGUGGUUGAGAAGAAGGAUCUGACUCCGUCGGUUGCAUUCCCUGCUUUGUCCAUGUUUUCUCUGCUCCGGAUCCCUCUGGAUCAACUUGCCGACAUGCUGGCUCACGUGCAAGAGUCUAAAGUCUCCCUGGAUCGUGUUGAUAAAUACCUCAACGAGGAGGAGACCGACAAGUACCAUCAGCUGGAGCCCGAGGAAGACGACGGGCAACCCCCCAGAAUCGCACUGGACAACGCCACGCUGACCUGGGGAUCCUCCAAGGGACAGAACCAGGAUGAGACCUCGGAUGAGACCGCAGAAGCAUUCCGUUUGAUCAACCUCAAUGUCUCCUUCCGGAUCGGAGGUCUCAAUAUCAUUGCGGGUCCCACGGGAUCUGGAAAGACAUCGGUUUUGAUGGCCUUGCUUGGAGAAAUGAAGCUCUUGGAAGGACGGGUUCACCUGCCCGGUGGCACAGUCAGCCGAGUGGAACUUCCCGUGGACCCUCAGACAGGGCUUAUCGAAAGUGUCGCGUACUGUGCACAAGAGGCUUGGCUCGUGAAUGACACGGUCAAAGAAAACAUUGUCUUUGCGUCUCCCUUCGACCAGCGCCGCUAUAACGCCGUGCUCAAGGCAUGUGCCUUGGAGCGAGAUUUGACCAUUCUUGAUGCUGGUGACCAGACAAUGGUCGGCGAGAAGGGCAUCAGUCUUUCCGGAGGUCAGAAGCAGAGGAUUUCUCUUGCACGUGCUAUCUACAGCAGGGCUCGGCAUAUUCUGUUGGAUGAUUGCUUGAGUGCCGUUGAUUCCCACACAGCCAAACACAUCUUCAGGGAAGCUCUUACAGGACCUUUGAUGAUGAACCGCACUUGCAUCCUCGUCACACACAAUAUUGCCUUGACUGUUCCACAGGCACACCACGUGGUCGUUCUGGACAACGGUAAAAUUGUCGCCCAGGGCGAACCGGAUGAGGUUGCAGCUUCGGGCUCCCUGGGUGAAGAUCUUCUCAAAUCCCGACCGACCUCCAGAUCUAGCUCACAGCGCCCGUCCCGCGGACAGACUGGUUUGGAAGAACAAGGCGAUGAGGAUUCCCACGCCAAUGGUACUGCCACUAAUGGCUCUGCCGCCAAGGGUACAAAGCAGGAGGAUGCCCGUCCCAAGCUGGUGGAGUCGAAGGCGGUUGGCAGUGUCCAAUGGUCCACUGUCAAGAUGUAUCUCAAGUCCAUGGGUUCCUGGUACUACUGGGUCUGUGCCGUGCUUGUCUUUUCUCUGCAGCAAUUGGGAUCUGUCUCCACCAACGUCUGGAUCAGACAGUGGGCGAAUUCCUAUCGUACCGAAGAGCUCGGAACGGAAGAUGCGGGCAAUUACGCCGCGAUGGCAAAUUUGAAAUUCCCAUCCUUCAACGUUGGAAGUGUCCCACGGAGCUCGCCCGUAGGCUCUCCUCACAUCAAUGCGCAGGCCGCCACGACUUCGUCAUCGAAUGUGAACGUUUCGUACUACCUUGGCGUCUACGCGCUUCUUGGUGUCGUUUACCUUAUGAUAUCUUUGACCAGAGAAGCAGUCCUUUUCUGGGGCUCCCUGCACGCAUCGUUCAAGAUCCACCAGCGUCUUCUCAAGACCGUGAUGCACGCAAAGUUCAAGUUCUUCGACUCGACACCCCUUGGUCAAUUGAUGAACCGAUUCUCCAAGGAUGUUGAAGCAGUCGAUCAAGAGGUUGCUCCGGUGGCAAUCGGUGCGCUCCACUGUCUCGCAUCGGUCAUCAUGAUUGUCGUGCUUAUUUCGGUUAUCACGCCUGGAUUCUUGAUUGCGGGCGUCUUCAUUACGCUCGUAUAUUUCGCGCUGGGUGCGGUCUACUUGAACUCAUCUCGUGAUCUCAAGAGGCUGGAGUCUGUCCAGCGCAGUCCGUUGUACCAGCAAUUUGGCGAGACUCUUAACGGUAUUGUCACUAUUCGUGCCUAUGGCGACGGGCCCAGAUUUAUCGUGGACAACCAUCGCCGGAUCAACAACUACAACCGGCCUCACAUUUACCUCUGGGCGAGCAAUCGCUGGCUGGCACUCCGUGUCGACAUCACAGGUGCUUUGGUCUCCUUUUUCACUGCCGUUUUCAUCAUCACGAACAUUGGCAAGGUCGACGCCGGUGCUGCCGGUCUUUCAUUGACGUACGCGGUCACCUUCACCGAGAACAUACUGUGGCUGGUCCGACUCUACUCUGAGGUUCAACAGAACAUGAACUCCGUUGAGCGAGUCAACGAGUACCUCGGCGUCGAGCAGGAGGCUGAGGCAGUCAUUGCCGACUCGAGGCCUCCGGCAAACUGGCCCAGCGCCGGUGCUGUUGACUUCAGCAACUAUACCACCCGGUAUCGCCCUGACCUCGAUCCCGUUCUGCGCGGAGUCUCUUUCACGGUGCAGGCCGGUGAGAAGGUUGGCAUUGUUGGUCGCACUGGCGCCGGUAAGAGCUCUCUGGCUCUUGCCCUGUUCCGCGGCCUCGAGGCAGAAAAGGGACACAUCGAAAUCGACGGCGUAAAAAUCGAUGCCAUUGGUUUGCGUGACUUGCGAGAGGCCAUCACCAUUGUGCCUCAAGACCCCACUCUCUUCACCGGAACGAUCAGGAGCAAUCUUGAUCCGUUCAACCUGUUCACCGACGAGGAGAUCUUCACGGCGCUUCGAAGGGUGCAUUUGAUUGGGCCCGGCACUUCGGGGACUGCGACUCCCGUGGCAGGCAGCACGAGCACCGGGACCGAGCCAGGCGCGAUCAACGUAAACGGAUCUCUGGUCCUGGAUAACAAGAACGUCUUCCUGAAUCUGGAGACUGCGGUAUCCGAAUCCGGCUCGAACCUCUCGCAAGGCCAAAGACAGCUCCUGUGUCUUGCGCGUGCCCUUCUCAAGAACCCCAAGGUUCUCAUGAUGGACGAAGCCACGGCUUCCAUCGACUACAACACGGAUGGCAAGAUCCAGGAGACGCUCCGUGAGCUCCGUGAGAGCACUAUCAUCACCAUCGCGCAUCGUCUCCAGACCAUCAUCGAUUACGACAAGGUUCUUGUGUUAGAUCACGGCCGGGUUAUUGAGUACGAUCACCCCUGGACGCUGAUCACCAAGGAGGACGGACUCUUCCGAAGCAUGUGUGAAAAUAGCGGGAACAUGGAGGUUCUCGAAGAGGGCGCGAAGAAAGCAUGGGAAAACAAACGUCUCGUGGAUGAUUCUUAGACCGCGAAAAAACAUUAUCCCCUUUCUUAAUUAUACAUAAUUGUCUUAUUAUUCUUGUUCAUGUUUCAUCUAUACUCCGUCUUUCUUUCUCCCUCUGGCUCUCCUGGUUUAGAUGGAUGAGCGCGAGAGGAUGCGAAAAAAGGCGACUUGAAAAACAAAAAGUUGUGAAUCCGAAGAUGACCGUAUUCUUACUCUUACCACCUGCUCCAGGGUAUAUCGUUACUACGAUCGUUGGCGUUUCAAGUCUUUUUUGUCUCCCUGUUCAUUGGAAUAGUGUUCGUUUCAUGUCCUGCGUUGCAUGGGUUGCAAGCAUAAAUAAGUGGAUGAAAAACUUGUCGACAUGCGCAGAUGACCUGAUAGACCAUUGAAGAUGAUCGUUAAGAUGCGAAUCGAG